AUGUCGCAAUUUCUGCGAGGCAAGCAGGCUGGAAUCCAAAGGGAUCUUUCCGAGGGCUUGUCCCCAGAGCUUUUCGGGCUCGACGACUUUGCGCGAUGCGGUGUGAAUUCACAGAUUAGUGUGGUGGCAUACGACCCCGUCCAGUCCCUUCUCGCCGUCGGCACCAGUGAUACCCAGUUUGGCAGCGGCCAGAUCUAUGUGUUUGGACAGCGACGGGUGUUGAUGGUCUUUCAGUUCCCGCGCAAGGCCUCAGCAAAGUUUCUCCGGUUUUGCGCCGGCAAGCUCGUUAGCAUUGAUUCGAAAAAUGAAAUUAGCAUCUACUCCUUGGAAGCGCGACGCUUGAUGACAUCCUAUGCACCACCGGGCCAAGCUACCUGUCUUGAGACGGACCCGAGUCUUGAUUACGCCUUGAUCGGUCUUUCGAAUGGUGAUGUUAUUGCAUACGACCUCGACCGAGAGUCCUUGACUCCUUUCAAGAUCCCCAACCUAUGGCAGUCACAAAACCCACGGUCCCGGCUCUGUCCUGUUGUAUCAAUCGCAUUUUCCACUCGAGAUAUUGGCAAAAUCCUAGUUGGAUAUCCGGAAGGCGCGGUGACUUUUACAUUCAAGCAAAAUAUUGCACAGAAAUACUUCCUCUAUGAGAUACCCCCCGGCGCCCCAGGUGGCGAUCCCGAAAAGCCUGCCAACAGUUCGCGCAGACCUAGGCUGGUUGAUGCUGUUUGGCAUCCUAAUGGAAUAUUCAUUUUGACUGUACACGAAGAUACUAGUCUUGUUCUUUGGGACUCGAAGGACGGCCGCAAACUUCACGCCAGAACACUUCAGGCUACCAAUAUCGACCAGCCGGGAGGUGGUCGACCAGAUCCCUCAGAGGCAACUGGGCCAAAGGAGCCAAUCACUAAGGUAACCUGGUGUGCUAAAGACAACCCUGAUGAUACGGGACUUCUAGUUGCUGGUGGAAAGCCCAUUCAAGAUGUGAACAAGGGGCUCACUUUCUUGGACAUGGGACCAACCCCUAAUUACCAAACAUCAUCAUGGCAAGUUCUCUCUAGCUACUUCGAAAGAACUAGACGCCAUAUCAGUCUUCCGAUUCCUCCUGGUGCCUUGACGAUGACUUAUUGCUUGAUCCCUCGGUUUUCGCCCUACUUCGCUGGAGCUCACGACCCUAUUGCCAUUCUUGCUGUACUAUCAUCGGGCGAGUUGCUCACUAUGAGCUUUCCCAGUGGCCAUGCAAUCACACCUACUAACAUGCUGCAUCCAUAUCUCACGUUCGUUCAUCCAUUCGUGAACAAGGCCACCCUUACACCUGUUUCUCGCGAUGUUUGGCUAGGUUUGAGAGAGCGGCGAUUGCAGGGGCCCAAGUUCGUGGUUGGUGGUGCUGAAUCCAAGAACCCCCUCAAACGUUAUGAGAACCGAAAUAUUAUAGCCACCUCACAUGCGGACGGUACCAUUCGUAUCUGGGAUGGUGGUCACGACGACGAGAUUGAGAAUGGCGAAACAGUUCAGGUUGAUUUGGCUCGAGCUGUCGGUAGAGUCCGCAAUGUUGAAGUCAGCGAGAUGUCACUUGCAAGCGGGACAGGUGAGCUGUCUGUCGGGCUUGCAAGCGGCGAGUUGAUCGUUUUCAGAUGGGGCAACAACGCCUCCUACGGCCAGGAGGAGACACCCGGAGCCAACCAGGGCCCUGGACGCUUAACUCAAAUCACCAAUCGAACAGACCCUGGAUUGAAGACGGGUAUGCUACCUUUGACCCUCUUGGACAUGCAGCAGGGACCUGUAACGGCAUUGAAACACAGCCCAGUGGGCUUUGUGGCCGCUGGUUAUGAGGGAGGAGGCUUGGUCAUUCUUGACUUGCGAGGCCCGGCAAUAAUUCAUACAACCCAUCUCUCAGAGUUCCUCAAGGGUAACAAGCGAAGCAGCUUCCGAAAAACCAGCCGCUCAGACAGCAUACCGGCUGAAUGGGCUACUCACAUCGAAUUUGGCGUAAUGACUUUAGAAGGCGAAGACUACUCCAGUAUCUGCUGCUUUGUAGGCACAAACAGAGGAAACCUGGCUACCUUCAAGAUUCUUCCGGGCGCCAAUGGCACAUAUUCCGCCGCCUACGUUGGGAUCUCUAAUGUUGAAGACAAGGUUAUUAAAAUCAUUCCCAUUGAUGCAGACUCUGGUGGUCAAGCUCUUGCUACGCCCGCUGCCGUCGGUGGUUUAAGAAAUGGCGAGAAGAUCAAUGGUGUGGUCAUUGCUGUCACCGUCUCAGGAUGCCGUAUCUUCAAGCCGCCAACUGCCAAAGGCGCUCACAAGACAUGGGAUAACUUCCUUUGUGAUUCAGCCCAAGUUGUCAAAACUGAAGGACAGGGCUACAGCUUAGUUGGACUUUUCGGCGAUGGCAAUGCUCGCGCAUUCUCUAUUCCCGCCCUCAAAGAGGUCGGAUGCCAUCAGAUCAACCAAAUUGCUGAUAUGCGCCGUCUCUCAGAUGCAUGCAUCACUCCCACUGGCACUGUGAUGACAUGGGCCGGACCCUCAGAGGUUGGCAUGUUCAAUGUCUGGAGUAAAAACACUAAUCUGGGCAUUUCACAAGAUCGUCUAUACGACCCUGAGAAAGUGAUACCCCCUCGACCUACGAUCACUAACAUCCAGUGGAUCUCUGGCACACAAUACGUCUCACCGGCUGAUAUGGAUAUAUUGAUCGGCGGCCCAGAUCGCCCUCCGUCGAAGCGAAUGGUUGAGCAGAUGAGGUUGACAGAAGAGCAAGAACGCAAAGAAAUUCGAGAAGGCCGGGCCCCCGCACCUUCACAGGGAGGAAGCCAGGAAGGUUGGGGAUCAUACAUGUCACGCCAAGUCCAGGAGCGCACGGAGCGUCUCGGGGUAGCGGGCGACACAAUGGAUCGGCUAGAAGAGAACAGCAGUAACUUCGCCUCGGACGUGGGCAAGUAUGUGAACAACCAAAAGAAGAAGGCUAUAUUUGGCGGUAAGUGA